AGAAAUGGGUACCAUUGAGUACAAGUGUGGAAAUGGACGUAAAACCAAGAUUAUACAAACCGUAUCUCGCGUUAUCAGGCAGAAUAUCCGACGCAAUAACUAUGGAAUUAUAUGAAAAAAAGGGAUAUAAAAGCUCUGUGCCUUUAGUAAUGCCGAUGCUCACAGAACGGCAUAUUGA